AUGACAAAAUAUGAGCGUGACCCUGAAUUGGUGAACUUUCUAUCGAAAGUGGAGGAUUUGAACUCUAAGAGAUACAGUAAUAUUCCUAGUUCAAAACCAGCGGGGGAAGCGCUUUCACCAGUUAGAAGUCACAACUCUGGGGAAUACAGAAGGGCUGAUAUGAUGACAGGGAAAAAUGUGGAAGGUUGCGACAAUUUGGCCUACCGAUCUGCGUACAAUUAUGAAAUGACGUUUUCUCCAAAGAAGACUCAUUACUCAUUAAGUGAGCUGAAUCUCGAACGAAUAACGCCAAGGCCGGAUUUGGAGGGAAGUGCCUCUCAAAAAGAAAAAAAAUUUUUAAUUUCUGAAGAAGAUUAUUUAUUAUUGCAGAAAUUGAAAGCCUCUCAAACAUAUAAUGAUUCCAAUGCUGACAAAAAUUUGCCUUCCUUUGAAAAAGGUCCUCGUAUGCCCAGUCGGGGUCGACCCAGACCGAGAGAGAAGGAAAUAAUCACCAUCCAAUAUGAUUUUGAAUUACCAGGAAGAGCCGAUAUACCCUCCUCCUCCUCUUCUUCAUCACCACCGCCUUUGCCCACAAGGCGUGAUCAUAUCAAAAUCACAGAUGGGAAUGAAGAGAAACCGCUUCUUCCAACAAGGCCUAACAAAGCAGAAGUUACAGAAAGUCCGUCAUCAAGGUCAAUAAAACCGGAUGCUGUGGUACCUGAGCGCGUUAAGCCUGCUCCACCUGUCUCACGCUCUACAAAACCGGCGAGCUUUUUAAGUUCUUUGGAAGAUAACAAAUUGACAAAGGCGAAGAGUUAUAAUUCGGAAAUGGAAACUCCCAAAACAACUGUAAAAAGUUCUCAUAUCGAUUACUUGGAUUCCAUACAACUAAAACCAACCACCUUAUCUCCUACAAUGAAAAAUAAACCUAAACCAACCCCUCCUUCUCCACCUGCGAAAAGAAUUCCAAGAUCUGAAAGUUUUAUCAAGUCUAUGCUAAACUCGAAUCUCACGACAACUUCCAAGCCUUCUUUGCCUGAAAAACCUCAAAAGCUACGGAAUGCAAAUUUGGCCGCCCAUAAGACCAAACCAAGCAUACCGCCAAAGAAAGUGGAGUUGAAUAUAGUAUUACCUGAGCUACGUCCCGUAGAAACUUCUCCAACAAAGCAGAACUUCGAAAACUCAAUCGAUUUGCCCAAGUUACGAUCCAGCAACCGUAACAUUAAAAAAGAAGAGGAGGACAGUAUUCCAGAAGCAAUAAAAGGUAUACAAAAUCUGAAGAAAACCAAACAGCAGAAGCCUGCAAUCCCUCAGAAAAAAUCAUUUCUAACAAAUAAUUCGAAAAAUACUACACUCAAAAAUGGUGAUGAUAUUAACAAGUUAAAUGACGAAAUUGAAGCUCUAUCAUUGCGGAAUAACCUGAAGAAACGGCCACCAACGGCGCCACAACGUAAAAUUUCUUUGCCAGAGGCAUUGCGAAAAGUCGAAUUGAUGAAAAAAUCUAAAACCGAGCCUGUUUUAGAGUCCUCAAACGAACUGAGCAUAAACGCAAAAUUAGACGCAAUAAUUGCCUCUAGAAACUUAAGAGCAUCUAAUACUCUACCAGAACUUAGCGGUGUUAACACUAAUAUUGCAACUUCUGACAAGUAUACUACUUCUAGAGAUGAAACAGUGAAGGAAACUAAACCAUUAGUUCACCCGAAUAAAAAUAGGACUCGUGGUCCCAGAAGAAAACUUCCAACACGCGUGUAA